AUGCCUCCCAAACGCAAGGCGGCUGACGCUGGUCGGUCUAGCAGUGCAUCGAAGCGAGCUACACCGGUUCCUGAUAUUACGGAGAUCUCCAGCAGCGAUGAAUACUCGGAUCGCGAUGAGUUACCGGAGGAAUCCAACUUGAAAGAGGCUAAACCAGAGGAUAAAGCGGUCGUGAACAAGUUUUCCCUCGAGUCGUUCAGCAAGAGGACCCAAGGGGAGAAGACGGAUCCUAGAUUCGGUUACAAAGAUCUCUCCUCGCUCCCGCUGAAGCGCGAUCACUACAACCGGCCGUUAUGGAUCGAGCCUCUGAAAGGCACAAUCACACUCGAGAGUUUUUCGCCGCUGGCUCCCCAAGCCCAAGAUUUUUUGACCACUAUCGCUGAGCCGCUCUCCCGUCCGACCCAUCUUCACGAAUACCGCUUGACCGGACACAGUCUCUAUGCGGCGGUUUCGGUCGGUCUCAAACCGCAGGACAUCGUUGAGUUUUUGGACCGUCUAUCGAAAACACCGCUACCUGAGAGCAUCCGCACAUUCAUCAUCGAGUUCACAAAGUCGUACGGAAAGAUCAAGAUGGUGUUGAGGCAUAACCACUACUAUGUCGAAACGACGGAUCCCGAGAUGCUUCAGCGCCUGCUCAAAGAUGAGGUGAUUGGCCCACAAAGAAUAGACAAUACUGAGGGAAUUAUCGAACGGGCCGCUCCGAAAAUGGGUGGCCUUGUCAUCCCCGGAACCAAAGAUGCAGCCGGUGUGCGGGAGACGACCCAACAAGACGCCGCCGCUGCCACUGUCAGGGAUGGGGCCGAAGAAGAUGGAGUCGUAAAUUACGGCAUCGACGACAUUGGCGAAGAUGAUACCGAAGAAGCGACGACGUACAGUUUCGAGAUUCCCGCCGCUGGUGUCGAAGUGGUCAAAGCCCGAUGCCAGUCAAUCGGGUGCCCUGCCCUGGAGGAGUACGAUUUCCAGGGAGACACGGUGAACCCGAAUCUAGACAUGGAUCUGAAGCCAGCAGCACGGAUUCGGUCCUACCAGGAAAAGAGCCUGAGUAAAAUGUUCGGUAACGGACGAGCCAAGAGCGGUAUCAUUGUGCUUCCGUGUGGUGCUGGAAAGACCCUUGUGGGUAUCACCGCUGCGGCGACCAUCAAGAAGGGCACCAUUGUGCUCUGCACAAGUUCGAUGUCUGUGGUUCAGUGGCGAAAUGAGUUCCUGCGGUGGACGACAAUCGACCCAGGUGAUAUCGCCAUUUUCACAUCUGACCACAAGGAGAAAUUCAAGCGGUCAACUGGGAUCAUCGUGUCCACAUACUCAAUGGUUUCCCAGACCCGUGCCCGUUCGUAUGAUGCACAGAAAAUGAUGGACUGGCUUCAGUCACGAGAAUGGGGUAUGAUGAUUCUCGACGAGGUUCACGUCGUACCUGCUUCGAUGUUCCGAAAGGUCACAUCUGCAAUCGCCGCACAGAGCAAACUCGGUCUCACGGCAACCUUGCUACGUGAGGACGAUAAGAUCAAAGAUCUGAACUUCCUGAUCGGCCCCAAACUCUACGAAGCCAAUUGGAUGGAGCUUGCUGCACAGGGCCACAUCGCCAAGGUCCAAUGUGCUGAGGUAUGGUGCCCGAUGACGACCGAGUUCUACUCCGAGUAUUUGCGGGAAAGCUCGAGAAAGCAAGCUCUGCUUUACAUUAUGAACCCUCGUAAAUUCCAAGCAUGCCAGUUUUUGAUCGAUUUCCACGAGAAGCGUGGCGACAAAAUUAUCGUCUUCUCCGACAAUGUCUACGCUUUGGAGCGCUAUGCUCUCAAACUGAACAAAGCUUACAUUUAUGGUGGUACUCCACAAAAUGAGCGGAUGCGUAUCCUGGAGAACUUCCAACACAACGAGCAGGUCAAUACUAUUUUCUUGUCCAAGAUUGGCGACACCUCGCUUGAUCUACCCGAGGCCACUUGCUUGAUCCAAAUCUCAUCCCACUACGGUUCGCGACGUCAGGAAGCCCAGCGGCUGGGACGAAUUUUGCGAGCCAAGCGCAGAAACGAUGAAGGCUUCAAUGCUUUCUUCUAUUCUCUCGUCUCUAAGGACACCAAUGAGAUGGUCUACUCGGCCAAACGCCAGGCCUUCCUUAUUGACCAGGGGUAUGCCUUCAAGGUCAUCACCCAUCUGCAAGGCAUAGACAACUAUGAAGGCUUAUCGUACUCCACGGCAACGGAGCGCCGCGAGCUUCUGCAAGAAGUCAUGUUGCAGAAUGAGUCAUCCGCCGAUGUUGAACAGGUCAAUGAUGAUCUGUUCUCGAUGCGCUCCGGUGGCAAGCGUGUGCCAGCUAAGAAAACGGGUGCUAAGCGCAGCGCUGCCACUCUCAGCGGUCUUGCUGGUGGCGAUGACAUGGCCUACAUUGAGUACAACAAGAGCAGGAACAAGCAGCUCAAGGAUAAGGCUGGUCACCACCCGCUGUUCAAAAAGAUGGAACGAGACAGGCAGCGUCGCAAGAAGGAGAGAGAGCUCGGCCCGUGA